AUGGCCCCCGCUCACCUCCGACGUCCGCCACAGGCCCCGCCAACCUUCACUGCUACCCCACAAUCCAUUGUCGCCGAUGCCGAGCGCCUUAUCAAUACAUCUCGGUCUGUUCAAGACAAAAUCGUUGCCGAGAUCAAGCCAGAUGCUGCCACGUUUGCCAAUGUGUUGCGCCCGCUCGCUCAGGAUAGUAAUGCUAUGAUGUUAGAGGCACAUAUCCUGGGCUUCUACCAGGCCGUAUCGACCGAUCAGAAGCUCCGGGAUGCUUCCUCGAAGGCGGAGGAGCUCAUGGAUGAUUUCUCUAUUGAGGCUAACAUGCGCGAGGAUGUGUUCAAGCUGGUGGAUGCUGUCCUGAACAAGAAUGAGGAUCUUGAUCCUGAAUCUCGUCGUCUGCUGGAGAAGGAACACAAGGAUUUCGUGCGAAAUGGAUUGGGUCUGCCCGCCGGGCCGCAGCGGGCUCGGUUCAAGGAAAUCAAGAAGCGUCUGAGUCAGUUGAGCAUUGAGUUCCAGAAGAACCUGAACGAAGAGAACGGGGGCAUCUGGUUCACUCCUGAGCAGCUGGCUGGCGUCCCGGAGGAUGUGGUCUCCGGCCUGAAGCGUGGUGAGGGCGAGAACGCUGGCAAGCUCUGGCUGACCUUCAAGUACCCGGAUCUGAUCCCGACUGGGAAGUACGCCACCAAUGCGGAGACUCGCAAGCAGGUCAUGGUCGCCAACGAGAACAAGUGCAACCAGAACGUUCCACUGUUCCGCGAAACUAUUAUCCUGCGUGAUGAGGCUGCUCGUCUGCUGGGCUACCCCAACCACGCUGCCUUCCGCCUCGAGGACAAGAUGGCCAAGACCCCGGAAACUGUAAACACAUUCUUGGGCGAUCUGCGCUCCCGCUUGACUGCCGGUGGAAAGCAGGAGCUCCAGACCUUGCUGAACCUGAAGAAAGAGUUGGAACCCCAGUCCGAUGGGCGCUACUACCUGUGGGACCACCGAUUUUACGACAACAAGAUGCUAGAGCGGGAUUUCUCACUUGAUCAUCAGCUCAUUGCUGAGUACUUCCCAUUGCAGACCACCAUUGAGGGUAUGUUCAAGAUCUUUGAGGAGCUCUUUGGAUUAGAGUUCGUCGAAAUUGUUGGCGAGGACCGUGCGGCCUUAGCCCCCAGUGGUAAGGGCAGUGAUAUUGUCUGGCACGAGGAUGUGCAGGUGUUCAGCGUGUGGAAUGACGAGGGUGAAGGCUCUGGCUUCGUCGGUUAUCUGUAUUUGGAUUUGUUCCCACGUGAGGGCAAGUACGGUCAUGCCGCUAAUUUCGGUCUGCAACCGGGUUUCAUUGAUGCAGAUGGUAACCGUCGCUUCCCCGCUACCGCUCUAGUCUGCAACUUCACCAAGCCCGGCCCUAAGAAGCCCAGUCUGCUCAAGCACGACGAGGUUGUGACCCUGUUCCACGAACUGGGCCACGGCAUCCACGACUUGGUCGCCCGAACCACUUAUUCCCGCUUCCAUGGUACCAGCACCGUGCGAGACUUUGUCGAGGCGCCCAGCCAAAUGCUAGAGAACUGGUGCUGGACUCCUUCGCAGCUACGCGCGCUGAGCAGACACUACACAACCUUGUCGCCCGAAUACCUCGCUAGUUGGCAGGAAGCCCACCAAGCGCGUAGUGGUGACCAGACUGCCACCGCCCCGCCUUCAGAGCGCAUUCCUGACGAUGUUAUCGAAAACCUUAUCCGCACCAAGCACGUCAACGAUGCCUUGUUCAACCUGCGCCAGCUUCACUUUGGUAUCUUCGAUAUGACUAUCCACCAGCCUAAGAGUCACGCCGACAUCGAGGCGCUGCCUAUCUCAGCAACUUACAACCGUCUCCGCAAGGAGAUUACCCAGAUGGACGGCCCGGAAGUCCUGAAUGGUGGUGACGAGUGGGCUCACGGUGAAGCCACAUUCGGUCACUUGAUGGGUGGCUAUGAUGCUGGAUACUACGGAUACUUGAGUUCACAAGUCUACUCCACCGAUAUGUUCUACACCGUCUUUAGAGAUGACCCUAUGAACAAAGCUGCUGGUCGUCGUUACCGGUACCAGGUGUUGGAGAAGGGAGGUAGCCAGGACGAGAUGAAGACGGUGACUGAGUUCCUGGGCCGCGAGCCGCAGACCACUGCAUUCUACCAGGAGUUGGGUCUGGCUUAA